UAAACAUCUUAAGUUUGUUAUAGAAUAAUUAAAAAAAAUAAAAAUAAAAAAAGAAAAAAGUACAAAGGUCUAGCCGCGUCUUCCACAAACACCGAAAAAGCCUGCAAAUAAAAUUAAGGGCAGGAAUCCAUCUGGGACUAUGGUGGACGACUUUGAGUCAAGGAAUCAAGGUCUUGCCGCGUCUUCCACUUCAUCUAGUCUAUGAAAAUCUAUAAUUGAAGACAAGUUGAUACUUCUGACACGGGCAAAAGGGAAAUGGGAUCCGCAAGAUCAUUGCUUAUCUUCAUUUUUCCGUUUCUUUUAAACCUUAUUUCUCCCACCACUGCCCAAGAUGACGGCAUCUGCACAAACACAGCUUACUACUGCUGGAAAUGUUCCGAUACUGGCAUGUACACACCCGGCGACAUGUACCAAGAGAACCUCAACAGCCUCCUCUCCUCCUUCUCCACAAACACCGAAAUCAGUUCCGGGUUUUACAAUUUUUCCAAGGGACGAGACCCCAACAAAGUCAAUGCCAUUGCGUUGUGCAGAGGAGACCUCUCUCAGGACACUUGCCAUACAUGUCUCAAUAGGUCUACAGAUAUUCUCUUGCAAAAUUGUUCUAGACAAAAGGAAGCAAUCAUAUGGGCAGAGCCUUGUAUGGUUCGAUACUCGAACAACUUGAUUUUCAGAAUUGAGAAAGAGGACCCUGUAAAGUGUGUGCCUAGCCCAAAUCCUGCUAAGAAUUCUCAACAGUUUGAGCUGGUGCUUAACCCCUUGUUGAGUAGUUUAAGUGAAAAGGCUGCAUCAGGGGACUCUAUUAGAAAAUUUGCGGCAGGGCAUGCAACAGUCCCAGGAGAUGAAACCAUAUAUGCACUUGUCCAGUGCACUCCAGAUAUAAACCAGCAAAACUGCAGCAAUUGCCUUAAAGAAGCAGUCUUAGAUAUUCCCGGAUGUUGUGGUGGAAUGCAAGGAGGAAGAAUUCUUAAACCCAGCUGUAAUUUAAGGUAUGAGGUUAGUCUUUUCUUUGAGUCCACAGCCAGUUCGCCAGUAAAUAUUCCACCUCCGGUUCCAGCAGCACCAGCUCCCAAAGAAGCAGCCAACAAGAGUAACAAAAAAGUAAUUAUCAUCGUCGUGGUGCUAGUGAUUUUGGUAGCUUUUGUUACCGUUCUCAGCAUAUACGUAUACUUGAGAGUCAAGAAACGAGGGGUAAAACUUGAAGGUGAAGAUCAGGAGAACUCAGAUGAAAUCAGUUUCGCGGAAUCGUUGCAAUAUGAAUUUGACACUAUAAGAUCUGCAACAGAUGACUUCUCUGAUGCAAAUAAGCUCGGUAGAGGUGGAUUUGGAGCUGUUUACAAGGGAAGGCUAUUGAAUGGGCAACUUAUAGCCGUGAAAAGGCUCGCUAAGAAUUCUGCACAAGGCGAUCGUGAAUUUAAGAAUGAGGUCAUGCUACUUGCUCAGCUUCAACACCGGAAUUUAGUAAGGCUCCUAGGAUUUUGCUUAAAAGCAGAAGAAAGACUCCUCAUCUACGAAUAUGUGCCCAACUCAAGUCUUGAUCACUUCAUUUUUGGCCCCAACAGUCAUAUGCACUUGGAUUGGGAAACACGGUACAAGAUCAUAGGAGGCAUUGCUCGAGGGAUUCUUUACCUUCACGAAGAUUCUCGCGUUCGAAUUAUUCACCGUGAUCUCAAAGCUGGCAACAUUUUGUUAGAUGAAGAUAUGAACCCCAAAAUUGCUGAUUUUGGUAUGGCAAGAUUGUUUGUUAUCGAUCAAACUCAAGGGUAUACAAAAGCAAUUGUGGGAACCUAUGGAUAUAUGGCUCCUGAGUAUGUACUUCAUGGGAACUUAUCUGUCAAAACGGAUGUCUUCAGUUUCGGCGUCUUGGUUCUUGAAAUUGUUAGUGGUAAAAAGAUUGGUCGUUUUCGAUAUGGUGAGAACGAAGAGGGCCUUUUAAGCUAUGCAUGGAGAAAUUGGAGGGAGGAUACAAUUUCAAAUGUCAUAGAUCCCAUGUUGACAACGAGUUCAAGAAUUGAAACGAUGAGAUGCAUCCACAUUGGUUUACUUUGUGUACAAGAAAAUGCCGUUGAUAGACCGACAGCAGCUUCAGUUGUAUCCAUGCUUAAUAGUGAAUCUGUCACACUUUCGGCACCCUCAAAACCUGCAUUUCAUAUGCAAAAGAACGGUGAAUCGGACAUAUCGGGGAUGACAGAGUCUGAUGAAUCCAAAAAGCUUCCCAUCUAUGUGUCGAAAAAUGAGCCUUCAAAUAUUACCGAACCAUAUCCUCGCUAGUUUUGAACCAUAGGUUUACGUACUUUUUACUUAUUUUGUAGCACAAGUCAUAUUUUUGUAUCUUGCUUCUUCUUGGUGUGUUUAUGUUUAGUAAAACUGCUUCUAAAGGAGCAUAGUUAUGCCUGUUUAUCUCCAUGGGGGAGUUAUCUGUCUAUUGACUAUUGAUCUCUGCUUUCGAACUGAAUCAAGUUACUGGAUGAAUAAAACUGGAAUUACGAUUCAUUUUCA